UUCAUUGGGCCUACAGCCAUUUGCAAGCCAGUCAUGUGCUUCCCUUGUACUGCUUCGACCCAAGACAUUUUGCUGGGACUUACCACUUUGGCUUUCCUAAGACUGGUGCCCAUAGAUUGCAGUUUUUGUUAGAAAGUGUUGAUGACAUGAGGAAGAGCCUGAAAGCCAGAGGAAGCAAUCUCAUAAUAAGACAAGGCAAACCAGAAGAUGUGGUACCUGCCAUUAUCAAAUGUCUGGGACAGGGAAAUGUAAUAGCUGUUGGAUUUCAAGAAGAGGCUACACAGGAAGAGUUAGAUGUGGAAGCAGCAUUAAAGAAGAAUUGUGGAGUUCAAAUUAAGACAUUUUGGGGAUCUACCUUGUAUCAUAAAGAAGACGUGCCAUUUAAGAUACAACAGUGAGUUCCAUCUAAAAACAGAUCUAAGAUAUAAUCUAAAACAAUCCAAGUAAAAAAUUUACAGCAGUGAGUUCUGUCUAAAAAAAAGCUCAAGAUAUAAUCGAAGACAGUCUAAUUUUACAGAUAUCUUUCCGUCUGAUGUCAUUUUCGAGGAUAAAGUAGGUAUAUUAUUUUCUGUUUCAU